AUGGAAUCCGACGAUCAAGACUCUCGCUUUGGUUCACCGCCAAUGUCGCCGAAGAGGCAGCCGAAUGAAGACACGAUCGGUGCUUUGAGAGACGAAACUCCUCUUACUCUGCCCAGCACGGAGUUUUGCUCCUCGCCAGUGGCUGACUUGGAGACCUCCGCGGGUUCUUCUCCGACACAUGGCCAGUUUACUAUGCCAGCUUCACUUCAAGACACCCAUGAGGCUCUUGCACGCUCUUCAGACUUCGACGACACCUUUACACCUAACGCCGUUUAUCAACUUGCUGCUCAGCGAGCGAAAAGAGAAAUGGAUCAGUCUAGGCCGUCAGUGUACAGCUCGCAGAUAUUGGAGGCCCUCAGGAACACUACAGGCCCCGUUCGUCUCAUUCCGACUUUACCCACGAGUGCUCCAUUCACCCCUACGACUGUAGCGGAUACCACAUCCGCUUCGUCAUUAUCACCAAAUCACAGUUUUAUCCAGCAAACCGAGUGCUUUACUCCAGCGAACGCUGUUGCAGCAAGCUCACCUCAUGACUCUGUUGCCGGCAACGACGCGAUAGCGUCAAACUACGCCGCCACUCACGGGUUGAAGAAGUGUACCAAGUGCAAAAAAGACAGGCCGCUAUCAGAUUACGAAUACAUGAGUCCUAUGGGACAUCAAGUGCCUCGUUCUCAAUGCGCCGAAUGUCGAGAAAAGAGACGCGUCUCAGCUGCGCAUGCCAAGAUCAAGAAGGAUGGAAUUCGAGCCCAGGCUCGACUCCAGGCACAACACGCCCAACAGCGACAGCAGCAGCACCACGACCAGCAGCAGCAGCAGCAAGCUUCAGGAGGAUUUCAUGGCUUCGCUUCUCAGACGAACCUCUUGCAUCCCCUUGGCCUUGGGACAGCGAUGUUGUCACCCGCCCCAGAUUGCAACGCCAACACGAUAGCCCAGGGCCCGUCUAUGGCAACUUUGUUUGAGCACAUGCCUAUGCAUCUGUCCUCUACAGCCUUCCCAUAUCUUCAUUAUGAUGGACUCUCAAAUCUCCCAGGUCCCGAAGGACCCUGCUCAGUUGCAACUUUUUCCCCGUCUACUCCCCAUUCGUUGAUGGGCCCUGCCUUCUCUAGCCUGUCUUUUGGUGGCUCUAUUGCUGAUGCACAGAUGAACCGAGAUCUCGAGAUGCUUGAGUUGGACUUAUUAGCUGCUGCCAAUAACGCAUCUUCACGAUUACCGUCACCCAGCUCCGUCUUACCACCUGAUCCGUCCGCGGAGUCGAUCCCUCUCCAAGAACAGCAGCAGCAGCAGACAAACAACUGCCCCCAUGGUACCCUCGUCACUGUCCAAAUCCUCCCAGUGACCCUGACCGAGGCGGACAUAGACCUGCUCCUCAACCAGGAAAUGGAGAGGUUCCGCUCCGGCCGCGAGAAUUGUCGCUGGCUGAAGAAACAAGACGAGGCAACUGUGAAGAAAUUUUGGCGGAGACGGGAGGCGGCGAUUGUUCUCGGACUCGUCACAGUGCCCCCUCCCAACCUGCAGCCCAGGAUUGGAUUUGUCUACUCGGAAGGCUCGCAUGAUAUCCUGCCAAGCGGUAAUGGUGAAUACGAGGACAAAAGUUGA